AUGGCAGGAUUCCAGAGGUUUGGAUCUGCCACUUCGAGCCAGACUCAACCCGAGGCCCACCCAGACACCACAGCCACUCUCACUUCCACUACCACUGCUACUCAAAAAAUAGCCAUAGACACCCACGGCAACAUUUUCCGCGUGCCAGACUACACCAUCAAAGAUAUCCUCUCGGCGAUACCUGCCGAAUGCUACCAGCGCAGUCUGCCUCGGUCGCUGAUGUACAUGACGCGCGAUAUCGCGGCCAUGGUGGCGCUUGCGGUUGCCGCACACGGCUACAUCGGGCCCGCGCUGGAGUCGGUGUCGGCGCCCCUAAUUGUGCGUUUCGCGUUUUGGAGCGUUCACGCGGCUGCGAUGGGCUUGUUCUCCACGGGGCUCUGGGUGUUAGCGCACGAGUGCGGUCACCAGGCGUUUUCCGAUUACGGAGCCGUCAACGAUUUUGUCGGAUGGGUGUUGCACUCGUAUCUGAUGGUGCCAUAUUUCUCGUGGAAAUACUCGCACUCCAAACACCACAAGGCCACGGGCCAUCUGCAUCGCGAUAUGGUGUUUUUGCCGCCCACAAAACAGGAGUUCUGGGAGUCCCGCGGAUGGGCCGCGGAACUCUCGGACAUGACCGAGGAUUCGCCGUUGCGCACGCUGGGCGAGCUGAUUUUGCAACAGCUGGGCGGGUGGAUCAUGCAUUUGUUUACAAACGUGACAGGCCAGAAAUACCCGGAGGCACCCGCAUGGACGCGUAACCAUUUCUGGCCAACGUCGCCCUUGUUCGAGGCCAAAGACGCGUUCUACAUCAUCUUGAGCGAUCUGGGCUUGCUAGCGCAGUGUCUGGUGCUGCGGAUGUGGUACGUCAAGUUUGGCGGGUGGUCCGUGUUCAUCAGCUGGUUCGUGCCGUAUCUGUGGGUCAACCAUUGGCUGGUGUUCAUUACGUUUUUGCAACACACAGACCAGACUUUGCCCCACUACGAUAGUUCGGAAUGGAAUUUCGCCAAGGGCGCCGCCGCAACCAUUGACCGUCAACUUUGGUUUGUGGGACCGCAUAUCUUCCACGAUAUCAUCGAAACGCACGUGCUGCACCAUUUCGUGAGUCGGAUCCCCUUCUACAACGCGCGACCCGCGUCAAUGGCGAUCCGUCGCGUCAUGGGCGACCAUUACCGUUCCAGCGACGAAAAUAUGUUCAAAUCGAUGUGGAAAGUGGCCCGGUCAUGUCAGUUUGUGGAGGGCAAAGAGGGUGUUUACAUGUUUAGGAAUGUGAACGGGCUGAACCCGGAGGACAAGUGA